UGAUUUUUUAUUUAGUCUUGUAAGGCAAGAUUUUCAUUUUUCUCAUCUGCGUUUCAUUUGGUUCAGAAACAAUGACAAUGAUCUUUUUCCACAACCAUAUCCACCAGUCAUGGAAGGAUUUGUAUUGGGUGAUCAGUUCUUUUAUCAAAUGCCUAACUCCUUUUAUAAGCACAUACUCAAUUUCUUAUUAGUUAUGCAUCGAAUUCUUUCAAAAACUGAUCAUAUCCUUCUAGGGUUUUGCUGAUAUUUCGUCCCUUUUCACAAUACAUAGUCGUAUUUUUAUAUUUAUGAGAACAAGAAUUACAAUAAAGGAGCUGAUCGGGAGCUUAGAGUAUCAAGAUUGCACUGAAUAACUUGCUUUUUUGGACAUAUCUAAUCACUCAUUUUUUCUUCUUAUUUUAAGUUCAUGUGUAUGUUUUUCAUCAAGCUUUCUUGUUGUGUCCUGUCAAUUUUACUGGUUCAUGAUUCCUCAUAUACCUGGUUGGCCACAAAUAUUAAAAGUUCAUACCUGCUAAUUUUGUCUUGAGUUGUUAGAAACUUGACCAUAUGGAGUUCUUUAAUUGAAAAACUAUUUUACAGUAUUAGGUGGAGAUACAGUUAAUUUAGAAAUUACCAAUAAAUGUAUCUCAACAGAUUUUUUGCACUCCUCACCAUUUCAUAUAUUUAUAUCAGCUUUAAAAUCUCACCUUUCAGUAGUUGAAAGAGUACUGGCAUCAGUUGUCAUGGCAUUUGCAACCAGAAAUGAAGCAAGUUCAACAUUCUUGCCUACCCAAUCUCUGAUAUAAAUGGUUUUUUCUGGAAAAUCUCUUAAUCAUAAACCCUAGGUUCUGAAAAUCCCGCAUAAAAGAGUCCCAGCUAGAAAUUCCAUGCUUAAUUUAUAAUCAUUAAAUGGGAGGGAGUUGGAGAGAAAGCAUAGCAUGGCCGAAGAAUUGGAAGUCUUUGGUGAUGGAAAAAUCAGUGGAAAUGAGGAAGCGGAAGAAAACGCAUUAUCAGAUUAUUCACAGAAUAUCUCAUCUAUUGACUUAAAUGAAGAAGCCGAAAGCAAUGUGGAUGGUGAUGCCAUGGAAGUUUCAGACAUCAGUGUUCAGGAUGCUGAGCAAACGGCAAAUAGUAACAAAUCCGAGGAAGGAAAUGGAAACAAGAAUAAGAAUAGAAUUCGUAGAUAUGUUAGGUCCAAAAUGCCUAGGCUCCGGUGGACUCCUGACCUCCAUCUCUCAUUUGUUCAUGCUAUUGAGAAACUGGGUGGAAAACAAAGAGCCACUCCGAAAACCGUGCUUCAGUUGAUGAACGUGAGAGGACUUAGCAUUUCUCAUGUCAAAAGUCACUUACAGAUGUAUCGAUGCAAGAAACUGGAUGAUUCUGGACAAGUAAUCAGUCAAGCGAAGCGAGGAUAUUAUAUCCGAUCAAGAGAUUAUUUUUCUAGAAGUAAUUUGUAUGAAAAGCGCAGUUCUUUACAGAAUUUGAGAGUAGAAAACGGUGGCAUAUCCUUUGUGCAAAAUUCUCAUAAUCAAGGUCAUCGGUUGGGUUCCCUAUCCUUGUAUGAUCAGAUCAAAGAAUCUCCAUCUCCGAGAUAUCAGCAAUGGUCAUCCAAUAAAGAACAUCCCAAAAUCAGGUUUAAUCCUCAUAUAAGUGUUGAUGGCAAUAAUUUCUUCAGGACAGCAAAUAGCCCACUCAAGCCUAACCAAUUUCUUGAAGAGAAAAGAUGGCCUCCACGACAAUUUGUCAAUGUGAAUCAAUAUAAGGACAAAAGGGUUACUAUGUCUAACACAGCAGCUGGACAAUACAAGUCAAGCAUCAUAUCAGAAACAUUUGGCAAAACUUUUGAAGAUCCUUUUCAAAUCAAGACAAACAAGGAGAAGAUGAUCGAAGUUCAAGAUUGGCCUGAUUUGCAACUCAGUUUGAGCAUUACUGCAAAUUCUAACCACGAGAUGACUCGUAGUAAGGGCGAUAAGGAAAUUAAUACGAUGCUUUCUCUUUCUUUGUUCCCACAUUCACCGAGUGCAAACUAGCUAUAAUAAAUUAGUAAAUAUUCAUUAAGUUCAGUAUUGUAGUCUAUAUAUUUAAUUUAUUAUAUACACAUACACAUAUAUAGCAACAGGUGAGAAGCUGAGUACUGGAGAUCUGACCAUGUAUGCAUGCAGCAGAGCAUAUUAGUGAGAUCUUCUUAGUACUUAGUUUUUGAAGACAUUUGUAUUGAUUAUUUUCAUGCUACCAUGAAUUAGGGUUUGGUUUUUUAUGGAAAUAAAUAACCUAGACUGCCUAUAA